AUGGACCGCCACCAUCCCCAAGACAGUCAAUCAACAUUUUCUGUGGGGAAGCCUUCAUUAUCUACUGGGUUCCUUCCAUCGCCAUCGUCAGCAUUGUUCGAUAGUCAAAUCACUCCAAUGAAAAAUAUCAGACUGUCGACGAUCUCACUUGAUAUUGAUACUGAGAAUGAUCUUGAAUGGAUGCAUCAGAAGAAUUUGUUUGAAUUUGACACUACUGAGCUAGCCGAACUGUUGCUCAAUGAUGAUGGAGAAGACGUGAAUAAUAAUGAUAUCAACAACAAUAGCAAAACAAGUAAAGUCACUCUCCAUUCAACCAACCCAUUUUAUUCCAAAAUGAUCGAGCAACAACAACAACAACAACAACAGCAACAACAGCAACAACAACAGCAGCCAUUAAUGGGAAUGACCAAACUCAUGGUUUCAUCUCAUUCACCAUCACUCUUCUCAACAUUUAGUACCAACAGUACCACCAAAACAUCAAUAGAAUUUUCAUUGUCACUGAGGAAGUUGGUGGUGGCGCCACAAAUUAUUCCCGACAUUACCUACAGCACAGAGUUUAACCAUCACAACUUUGCGGGCGGUUCGACCGAGAAUUUUGUUCCUUUAGAUAAUGACGAUGAUCUUGAUGAAUUGAUGCCAUCUUUGACACAACCGCCAAUGGCUGAAAAGAGUAUGGCGACAGAAAUUUCAAAGAAGGAAAUACCCAAGAAAGAAAUUUCAAAAAAAGAAUUCUCCAAGAAGGAAAUUUCCAAGAAAUUACCAAAGAAAACAUCAAAGAAAACAUCAAAGAAAAAGAAGCCACCUGUCAAAUCAACAUCAGAAAUUAUGAUUCCAAAAGUAGGGUCGAUCAAAGAGCUCUUCAAGAAACAUAAAGAUGAGGGUGAGCCAGUAGUAAAUGACAAGUUUGUGCUUCAUAAGACCUACGACCACUCUACCAAAAGUUCCAUUCCACGACCAAUCCUUCCUGUUGAAGGCCAGGUGCUCGUUAGACAGACCACUGGAGGAACGAUGAUUAAUGAUGAGCUGAAAAAAGAUAACGCAGCCAAUAAACCCGAUAUCAAAGGAUCACCAGUGUCCGUAAAAUACAACAACAGAAUUCUUCAAAAGUUCCCACCGGCGGCUAACCAGUCAAAAUAUGCCAUCAAGUCCACCCCAAUCAUCCACAACUACACCCGUGCUACCCUUUCUCCAGUGGAAUCAAGGUUUAGUAACGAUAAUCAUGCCCCGAAGGCGUUGUUUGUUAAGGUGCCUCAAUCAAUCAGUGAGCUCAACAGCAUGGCCACUCCAUUUAACAGCGCUGCCCCUCCGUUACCAUUUGUUAACAGGGCCUCGGUAAUGCUGAAAGUUGAAGACUCUAACCCGAAAUCUCCCCAAUUCUACUUCGUUAACUCAUUUGACGAGAAUAAUACCAAGAGAAAGUCAGGUUAUAUCAAGACUGAUCAAUUAAUGUCCCCAGCAUUAAGCGAUAUCCUGGAAGACGUUGUCGCUAUCACCCAAAAAUAUAUUUCUGAGCCCUCAUCUCCAAGAUCCCAUUAUCAGCAAUCAUCGCUUGGAUCAAUCACCAAAAAUAAUGAGUUUGCAUUCAACAGCAGCACCAGAAUUCCACAAAACAAUCAUUUCAAACACAUCAAGAGAACCAAUUAUACCUACCAAAAAGUCUGCGUCGAUAAUGCUAACACCGUCACCAUCCAAGUUGCUUCGAAAAAUAAUACAGUUCCUCGCUCGAUUCCUUCCCCAAUUGCCGAGGUAACAGCAGCUUCUUAUUAUUCGUCUCCUCCUCCAAUAAGAGGGACUGCCUCUCCUGUUUCCACUUCCACCGACAAGACUUUGGAUGAUGAUAUGAUUUCCGAACCAGUGGCCCUCGAGGAUGGCGACAUCGUCACCCAAUUAAUCCCUGACCCUGAACUGGAGGCCCUAGAGGCUGAAAUGAGUUGGGAGUAUCGGGUCAAGCAACAUCAUAAAAAAGUGAUGGAUUUGCAAGAUGAAGACCACAAGAACAACCGGUUCUCUUGCACAUUACUAUACAAUAACUUCUACAACGAUACAUAUCAACAGUCGACAAACAACAGAGUGGUGAGUCAAGAUUAUUCGUUCCUUAAGAAUAGGGUUGAACGUAAUAGAAGAUCUAAAUUUGGUUUGGUGAUGGAAGAACUUCCGGAAGAACCAUCAAAACCACCUGUUAGUUUUGCCCAUACUGAAGAUCCCACUCCUGGAUGUAAUGUUUUGGGGACGAACUCUAAUAGUUUAUACUUUGAUCUUCGUAAGUUUAAUGAAACCAAAAAGAAUAAUCUUUUGGGAAUGGUUUCUUGCAAAGGAUAUUGA